AUGACCUUAGCACAUGAGGUUUCGGCCUCAGGAGGGUUGAGGGUUCAGUUGGAAUGGUCCAAAGGACAAGCUCAGAAGCAGCAAAAUCAUCUAGGACAAUCAAAAGGUCAGAAUGACCACAGGACAAUCAAUCAACAUUCAACUAGUAGUGCUAUCAGCACACAAAAUCAUCAAUCAAGUGACGUUAAAUCAACUCAACUCAGCAGACAAUCACCGACGAGAGCAAUCUGCUCAAGUCAAACAAUUCCAAGUCAUCUACAUGAUCAUUCAACGCUGUUAGCAACAGCAAAAGUCAGAGCCAAUUCACAUUCAGGGAGUUACAUUGCACGAGUGCUCAUAGAUCCUGGAUCAGAGCUAACACUAAUCACUUCUUAUCUAGCCAAUCUGCUGCAACUGAGAAAACACCAUCAGACAAUCAACAUAAGAGGAGUGGGCAGCUCUAAGCUCACUCAAACAAAAGGUGUAACAUUCUGCGAGCUACAAUCAUUAUCAUCCAAUCAUUCAGUACACAUUCGAGCUCACAUAAUGAAACAGUUGACAGCUUCAAUUCCAAAAGUGCCAUGUAAUUAUCCCAACAAUCACUGGCCUCAUCUCAAUGGAUUAACACUAGCUGAUCCAACAUUCAACACUCCACAAUCGAUAGACAUUCUACUUGGAGCUGACUUUUAUGGACAAAUCAUCAAACAAAAUAUCAUAUUUCAUUCUCCAACAGCUCCUAUAGCUCAACUUUCUAUCUUUGGUUGGCUAAUUCUUGGUCCAGUAGCACCAAAUUCAUCAGUCAAUCACUAUCACAUUCAUCAUGCUACUACAAUCACGAACCAUGAAGACAUUCAAGAGUUGCUAACAAAAUUCUGGGUCCAAGAAGAAGUUCCUAUGUCAAAUCAACAUCAAUUAUCAUCCUUGGACCAACAAUGUGAAGAUUUCUUUAAAUCAACUCACUCUAGACAUUCAUCAGGACGAUAUAUUGUUAGAAUCCCACUCAUUUCUUCACCCUCAGCUCUUGGGGACUCCUAUACAACUGCGUAUCGAUGUUUGAGGCGUCAGUUGAGGAGAUUAACCAACGAGACUGAAUACAGCAAUCUGUACAGACAAUUCAUGAAAGAAUACGAAGAACUCGGUCAUAUGAGACCUGCUCCAACAAUCAACCCAGAGUCUCAAGACAUUCAUCCAUAUUUUCUUCCUCAUCAUGGGGUAUUAAGGCCAAGUAGCACUACCACCAAGCUCAGAGUAGUCUUCAAUGGAUCCAGCCCGACGUCAACUGGAAUCUCAUUGAAUGACAUCACUCAUACUGGAGCAAAAAUUCAAUUGGACAUCUUCGACGUACUUCUUUGGGUUCGUCAACAUCAAUACGUAUUCGCAACCGACAUAACAAAAAUGUAUCGUCAAAUAAUGGUUCAUCAUGAAGAUUGGAAGCUUCAACAAAUUCUUUGGCUAGACAAUCACAACAGAAUCAUCCCAUAUCAACUCACAACAGUAACCUACGGCACUAGAUCAGCUCCUUAUCUAGCAGUUCGUGUGUUACUGCAAUUAGUAGAGGAUGAAGGCCAUAAAUAUCCAAAAGCAACUCAGACAAUCAUUAAAGGCAGAUAUGUCGACGACAUAUUUGGAGGAGCAGAUUCUCCAGAAGAACUAAUUCAAGUUGCUGAGGAAUUAAUCAACUUGUGCAAGGCGGGCGGCUUUCCCCUUGCAAAAUGGCAAUCAAACAGUCAAUCACUUCUUCAAAAAACGUCACAAUCAUCAGGCAAUCAACAAAAAAAUCACCUUCGAAGACUGCACUACAAAAUUCUUGGACUUCAAUGGAAUCCAAGCUCAGACACAUUCACAUUCACAUCAAAAUCAGUCACUCAUGAGUCAACAUAUUCAAAACGCCUCAUUCUUUCAGAAGUAGCUCAAAUUUAUGAUCCUUUGGGGUUUGUGUCACCAAUCACAAUCAGAGCUAAGAUGCUUCUUCAAGAACUCUGGUUACACAACCUCAGCUGGGACAAACCAGUCCCACAAUCAAUCAUCAAUCGCUGGCUGAUCAUCAGAGAAGAAUUCACUCAACUUCAUGAGAUUUCACUUCCCCGAUGGAUUCACACAACCAGACAUUCAACUGUCGAGAUUCAUGGAUUCUCUGAUGCUUCACAGCUUGCGAUGGCUGCAGCAAUCUACUUAAAAUUCAAUUCACCGUCCACAGGGCCCAAAAUCACACUCAUCUGUGCGAAAACUAAAGUAGCACCAAUCAAACAAAUCACGAUCCCCAGGCUAGAGUUAACUGCUGCGUUAAUUCUAGCGAAACUCACGAAGUAUGUUCGAGCUACACUCCACAGAGUGAACAUACAUUCAAUUCACUUAUGGACGGACUCUUCAAUCACACAUUCAUGGAUCAAUUCAAAUGCAGGACGCUGGAAGGACUUUGUAAGGAACAGAGUAGUGCAAAUUCAAGAACUAGUUGCGGACGCGCACUGGCACCACAUUUCUGGCAAGGAAAAUCCAGCGGACUGUGCUUCAAGAGGCAUCACAGCAAAUCAAUUAAAAGAUUACUCGCUAUGGUGGAGGGGACCCACCUGGUUAGCUGAAAAUCAAGAAAACUGGCCAGUAAAUUCACCACCAGCUGACGAGGCUUGCAACUUAGAAGCUCGUCCUGGAAUUUCACUCAUCGCAGCAAUUCAAGAUACAAUAAUUCAAUGGGACUUGGUCAACAGAUAUUCAACACUCAACAAACUACUUAGAAUCACCGCCUUAAUCAUCAAAUUCACUUCAAGACUUCGACAUUCUUCAGUUACCAGUCCUUUAGCAUCAAUCACAACAGCUGACAUCGAAAAAGCGAGAAUCUUCUGGAUAAAGUCUACUCAAGCAGCACAUUUCACCAAGAAAUCAGGACUUUAUCCAACAAUCAACAUCUUCCACCAAACCAUUCAUUUAACAGACUCACAGCAUACGUUGACUCAGAAGGAGUUCUACGAGUAG